AUGAGGCGUUUAAUCUCUAUUCCAUGGUCUUUAUUUUUUGGUUGCCUAUUUGUUAUACUCACAACUGUGGGAUUAAUUGGAAAUGUCGUCGUUAUUGUCGCAAUCGCAGGCGAUCGAAAAAUGCGACAGUCAGUUAUGAAUAUUCUACUUUUUAAUUUGGCAAUUGCCGACACGCUGAAUUUAUUAACAACGACCAUAGAAUGGGUGCCGACAAUAAUCACUGGUACUCCUGGCUGGGUACUUCCAUCCAUACUUUGCCCAGUGGGGCGAUAUCUUGAGAUAACUUUUCUUUUCGUCUCGAUAAUGACACAGCUGAUUGUUUGCAUUGAAAGAUAUAUUGCUAUUGUCUACCCGAUACAUGCGAGACGUUUGUGCUCAAGGAGAAAUAUUUUUAUUACUCUUAUUGUCAUAUGGUUGUUUGUGGCAGUUUUCUCUUUACCUUACGCAUUAUUGAAUAAGAAACAAAAGAGUGAGUUUAUGUAUUUGUUUAUAGCUAAUACUUGCACGAAUAUUUAUAUAAAUUCGGAAUCGUGGAAAAAUUACAAGUGGAUUGAAUUUGCUAACUUUUAUUUUUUUCCGUGCAUUAUUUUUGUCGUUCUAUAUUCAAAAGUUUCGAUGAUACUUUGGUCGAAGAAUCGAGCGCUCUAUAAAGUAUCAUCUUUUCAAAUGUCUUUGCGGCCGGAUGCACUUAAAUUAAGGCGUAACGUCGUAAAAAUGCUUGUUGCAUGUGUAUCCGUCUACUUUAUCUGUUAUUCUCCAAUUCAGGCAAUUUUCCUAUCAAAAGCACUAUUCGAUAUACACAUUAGUCCAGCGUAUGAGUUCAUUCUACUGAUGAACGCCUUUGCUUUGACAUGCAGCGCAUGCAAUCCUCUACUUUAUACUUUGUUCUCGAAGAAAUUUCGAUCUCGCAUGACAAAGAUCUUUCAGUGUUUCCAAGCACCGAUUGGAGAAAAACCAAACGAUUUCUCGAAUUCAGUAUCCAAGGUUAUUCACUAUUUUAAACGAAUGCAAUAA